UUACGUAGUUACGUAUGUUGUUUCCACUGUGGCGUAGUGGCUAAAAAAGGCUUAAACGUUACUGUUGGCAACGCUCGCUCUUCUUUGAUACUUUGUAUAUUAUUGACGUGAGGUUACACAUUCUUUCGUUUUUAAUCUGACGUUCACGCUUUAUUUCAAUUUAGAAGUUUGUUUUAUUGUGGUAGUGUCGCCCUAGCCUUUGGGCUAAUACACUCCAAAAUGGAGGGUAGCGCUAGUGUUAGGAGAGCCUUGUCUGGAACUCUGGUACCAGCAGCGGUCACAACGGUGGCUCUAUGUCAGCCUGAAGACAAAGAGAAGGGGAAACUGAAGAGAAAGGUUCUUGAUGAAGAGGACUAUAUUGAGAGCUUGGAGAAAAUUAUCCAAAGGGACUUUUUCCCAGAUGUCACCAAACUUCAAGCACAGAAGGAAUACCUUGAAGCAGAGGAAAACGGAGACCUUGAGAAGAUGAGGGAGAUAUCUAUUCGAUACGGAUCUUCCUUGAACAAAUCUACGCCACACACAUCCGCACCUUAUGUGACCCCUGCCAGCUUUGAGACGCCGGUUGGUCAUGCAGGAUCCCCCUCCUCCACUUAUUGCAAGAAAAGUUCAGAUAUAGACGGAAAGGAUGAUGACCAAGGAGAAAAAGAGCUGCCCACUUUAGAUCGCUUUCUCGCUAAAAACACCAGUGAAGAUAAUGCCUCCUUCGAGCAGAUAAUGGAUCUGGCAAAAGACAAAGAGAAACUGAAGCACGCCUGGUUAUAUGAAGCUGAGGCUGAAUUUAAAAAGCGCCAUGAAGAGAACCUAGCCCUCCCCUCAGUGGAGAAAGCUGCUCUUGAAUGUGUCAAAGCUGGACUGGAGACGUGGGAGUACAAAGCAAAAAACGCCUUGAUGUAUUAUCCAGAGGGUGUUAAAGACGACGAUGCAGUCUUUAAGAAGCCAAGAGAGGUGGUGCACAAAAACACUCGAUUUGUUGGAGAUCCGUUUAGCAAAGCUCUGAACAAAAGCCAGAUUCAGCAGGCUGCAGCCCUCAAUGCACAGUUCAAACAAGGAAAAGUGGGUCCUGAUGGGAAGGAGCUCAUACCUCAUGAAUCCCCCACAGUGAAUGGAUACGGUUUUGAGAGGACUCCAUCACCUGCACCAGGUGUCGCUGAUUCUCCUCUCAUGACCUGGGGUGAGAUUGAGAGCACGCCGUUCCGUCUGGAUGGAUCAGACACACCGUAUGUUGAGCGGAACCACGGCCCAUCGUUCAAGAUUCCAGAGCCAGGAAGACGAGAGAGGCUGGGUUUAAAGAUGGCUAAUGAAGCUGCUGCUAAAAACCGUGCAAACAAACAGGAGGCACUGAGGAAAGUUACAGAGAACCUUGCGAGUCUGACUCCUAAAGGUCUGAGCCCAGCCCUCACACCCGCCUUGCAGCGGCUUGUAAAUCGGACUUCGAGCAAAUACACAGACAAAGCCCUGCGGGCAAGUUACACACCUUCCCCCUCGCACAGAGUCACCCCGUGCAAGUCUCCCUUCGCCGGACCAGCCACUCCUACAGGAACGCCGACGCCAACCAAAGCAAAGACGCCGAGCGCUCAGGACCUCACAUCGCUCACGGACAAUCUGCUGCAGCUUCCAAAGAGACGGAAAGCAUCUGAUUUCUUCUAGGGAAGCUGCUCGCUGUUCAAACUGUGAAAGACUUUUGUUAAAAAAAUAAAAUAAAAAAAGUAAAAUAAAGUGGAUAUAAAAAUGAAUAAAGAAUUUCAGGUGAUGUUAUCUGGUCAUUUCAACAGCAAAUAGGAUAACUAGUGUCUCUGAAAUUCAUCUUGUCUACUUUUUUCAGUUCUUUUUAAAGUAGAAAAUCUUAUUAUGUAUUUAUUAUGAUCUUCUGUGUUUGUUGAAACUUACACAAAGAUGUGAGAUCAUACAGCCAAGGCAUCAAUGUUAGUUUGUUGUAUCUGUUACAUAGAAAUGUAAUGAAACACCAGACUGUUGAGUUUUUACAAUUUGAUAUUUUCAGUUCUUAACAAGCAUGGACUUGAUGGUUUACAGUUAAGGAGUAAUUUUACCCAGUGGAGUCUAUAGAUACAUUUUUCUACAUAAAUAAUUGAAAUCCACUUUAUGAAACUAAAUAAAUUGCAUGACAAGUUUUCUUUUAGGGGUUGGAAUUAUUAAAAAAUGGGAUAAAUCAUAAGGCAAACAGUUCAAAAGCAGAAGAAAUGGAUCACUCCACAGGUGCAGCCACCCUGAGUAAAAGCAUUAAAAAAAAAAGUUAUCCUCUGCUUCAAUGUAUCAACAAUGAGCUUUUGCUUUUUUAACGUCCUUUAGUGUCCUCUGGGCCAUUUUACUGCAGAUUAAGCAAGAUUGGGUUUGUGUCCUUUUCCUGUGUAAAGUACUAAAUGUUUUAUUUGCUUUAUUAAAAUGCAUUCAAGUCUU